CCGAUACGAGACUAAAGUGCCGUCGGGUCGCUGCUGAGGGGAGAGAACUGCGCAAAACUGCGCUGGAGAGUGUAGCGAGUUCCUUCGGCUGUGUCGGGAGGGCGAAACGAAAUCCAGAUAAGAGGUGGUGUUUGGCCACACAGUUUUGACCAGGACAUCAGAGGCACCAGGACAGCUGAAUAAAAAAGAUGCUAAUGUUUGACCCAGUCCCUAUCAAGCAGGAGGCCAUGGAACCUGUUUCAGUGUCAUAUCCGUCCAAUUACAUGGAUCAAAUAAAGCCAAACAAAUACAGCGUCAUUUAUUCUACACCAAGUAUGUUGCACAAUAAAUUCUACUCAAACCCCGAAGGACUAUCAAAUGGGAUCCAAGUGGAGCCAGUAGACCUUACGGUGAACAAGCGAAACUCGCCGCCUUCAAGUGGAAGUUCUCCUUCCCCACUGAAAUUCCAGACUGUAGCCAGGAGAGCUUCACCUGGACUGGCCCUGUCCUCCCCGAGCUCACCUAUCAGUAAAUUCACACCAUCACCUCCAGGAGUACAACCUAUUUCCAUGCCGAUAACCAUCCCCCCCGUCAUGGCCGCAGCACUGUCACGCCACGGACUAAGAAGCCCUGGACUGCUCCCAGUUAUCCAGCCUGUCGUGGUCCAGCCCGUCCCUUUCAUGUAUGCGCCCCACCUCCAGCAGCCUAUCAUGGUGUCCACAGUGCUUGCGGACGAGAUGGAGAAUCCAAGCAGCAUGCCAGUGCCUGUCAUUGAGUCUUACGAAAAGCCUGCACUGAAGAAGACAAUUAAAGUAGAGCCAGGAAGUGAACCAUCCAAGACUGACUUCUAUCCUGAACAAAUGUCACCUCCAGUGAUGACUUCGUUGUCUCCCCAGCAAGUUAUGUUGCAAGAGAAUCACCCUUCAGUUAUAGUUCAGCCAGGAAAGAGACCUUUACCUGUGGAAUCCCCGGACACGCAAAGAAAACGCAGAAUACACCGGUGCGACUAUGAAGGCUGCAAUAAGGUCUACACUAAAAGCUCCCAUCUGAAAGCCCACAGAAGAACACACACAGGUGAAAAACCAUACAAAUGCACUUGGGAGGGAUGCACGUGGAAGUUUGCUCGUUCUGAUGAACUAACACGGCAUUUCCGCAAGCAUACUGGAAUCAAACCUUUUCAAUGCCCAGACUGUGACCGUAGCUUUUCACGUUCGGACCAUCUUGCUCUUCACAAAAAACGCCACAUGCUUGUCUGAGUGUCUUCUGUCCCUGCCUGCCUUCCAUCACACUUUUUAAAAAAAAAAAAAAAAAAAAAAAACGUGCAUUUUAAUUUGGAUUCAGCUGGUCUGAAUCUCUGAGUUUAUACCAUUAAAAGCUUACAUAUGGUCAGUAAUAGAUGUUAUCUAACCCUUCUACGUCCUUGCCACGGGUCAGACCUAAAGAAUGUGAACACUUUUUUCUUUUUUUCUUUUUUUCCUGGGGAUGCUAAGCAAACCCUUUCAGCAGACAGUAUGUUUGAUGUAUUCCUUUGUGAAUAAGGGAACUUGUAAACUAACAGCUUUUGUUGGUUUCUUCAUAUAAUCAACCCAGCAUAUACUGAUAAAGUAGUAAACGUUAUUUGAAUAUCCAGAA